UAUCGAAAUGAUUAUCGAUCACGGUUUGCUUGUAUUAUCUGUGUAUCGUAUAUGUGUUCCCCGUGUCAUAAUGUGAUCAGUGGCCGUACUUAGUGGUGUUAUGAAAAUUGUUUUUGGAUUUUAAGUUGUAAUUGAGUUCAUUAAAAACAGAAUGCAGGAGCAGUUUAUACCAAUUGACAUUCACACAAAUAAAUUAUCUGAUUGGUUACUGAGUCGAAGACAUUGCAACCGUGAGUGGCAAGCACAAAUUUUAACCAUUAGGGAGAAAAUUAAUAAUGCAAUUCAAGAUAUGCCUGUUCAUGUGGGCAUAACAAAGCUGUUAUCUGGAUCCUAUAUAAACUAUUUUCAUUGUCAGAAAAUUAUUGAAAUCCUUAAAGAAACUGAAGCAGAUAGUAAGAAUUUUUUUGGGUCAUAUGGAUCUCAGAGAAUGAAAGACUGGCAAGAGAUAGUGCGUCUUUAUGAAAGGGACAGCGUUUACCUUGCAGAGGCAGCUCAGAUGCUUAUACGAAAUGUCAAUUAUGAAGUACCUAGUUUGAAGAAAGAGAUUGCUAAAUAUGAGCAACUGCAAUUGGAGUGUGACAAGAAGGAGGCAGAGUAUGCCAAGACGUAUAAUGUUGUCCGAGGGGACUUCCAAACACUUUGCGAGCAGUUGGGAAUCCAAGGUCAGAAGAUAAAACAUGAGCUUGUGGAUCUGCUAGCUGAACUGCCUAGCAUUUACAGAAAAUGUGCCGACAGAGUCAAGACUUUGAACGAGGCCGUGGAAUUCUACGCAGAAUUUGUGAAAUUCAUUUUUGGCGGCGAACAUUCAGGCGGUUGUGUCCCUCUUCUCAAGUAUAUGAUUGAGCAUGGCAAUACGACGACUUAUCAGUGGAAGUAUGGAGAACCACCUCUAAAGAUUGAAGAACUGAACAUUAAAUUUGAAGAUGAAACUGACAGCCAGUCUAAAUUAUUACACUCAGGAUCUUGUCACAUGUCUGUAACAGUCGUGCGAGGCAUGUUGGAUGACGAGGAACUAGCAUAUCAGACAUACGUGUUGUAUCCGGUGAUUGAUUUCGGAGAUGGCGGCGGAAAUAUUGACAGUGGCACUGAUCUUCAAAUUGACUUCAGUGGGAUCACGAUAGAAGAGGGUGAUAUUGACUGGGGUAUCAGUCGUGUUGAAUCACCUGCAGAGACAGGAAAUGAGGAGUCUGGAAUUGUGGUACAGUCUUCGGGGACUGAAGGCGGAGUUGCUAGAGACAAGGAGGCCCUUACCAUCUUGGAUAAUCUUGAGACAAGGAACACAUUCAUCAAUGAGCUGAUGGAGUUGGAAUCGUUUCUGAAGGUUCGCCUGUUUGAGAUGAAUGGACCGAGCAACGUACUGACAUUGAGUCAGCUGCAGGGUGGGCCUGCUGUUAUCCAGCUUCAGACUACAGAAAGCGUCUCAGCCAUGCUGAAUCAGGUCCACGUUGUAAUCAGUGAGAUCACGGAUUCAAGAACACAGCACCUGCAUAAUAUCAAACAUUCACCUAGGUAUGUUGACCACUUGGCAGACUCUCUCAAGCAGAAGCUGGAUGUAGCAGACAAAAUGGUGGCAUCCCAAGAAGUAGUGAGGCAACUAAGAGUAGAAGCAAGAAAGGAGUCAAAGAUUUUACAACAAAAGCUGAAACUGAUCAUUUCAAAGACCAAGGAACUUCAAGGAGAGAUCGAACGCGACGUUUCCAAGCGGUACAAAAAUCGGCCCGUGAACAUAAUGGGCGGUGUCAAUGUGUUAUAGUUUUUGGAAUAAAAGACUGUUGUAAAAAUGUUUAUGAAUAUCUCUUGCAGUGAAUCGUGCCUGCCACUGGUAGAAUAUCUUCCUCUUGUUAAGUAAAGGCGUUAUUCACGGAUAUAUUUUAUCUGAUUUUUGUAACAAGAAUGUUAAUUGUUUAAGUUUAAAACUUUGAGGAAGUGAAGUCUGCCAUAGUCCAUGUUAAACUGUAGGUCCCUUUUUGCUGGCCAUCAUCUUCACAGUCGCUGUGGGUACCGACAGAAUCUGCCCCGUGAGUGUUUUCAUGUCAGAAGUGGAGUCUAGACUUGGCAAGGGCCCGAAAGUUGAUCAGAGACUCUUUGGUGGCAAUGUUUAAAGAUUAAAAUUGCAAAAGGAAGUGGGAACGAAAGCUUGCGUACGGAAUGAUGGACAAAUACAAGUGAAAUAUUUUUUGUUUUCAAAUUUACAUCCUAGAAGAGUGGAGUGACUUGUAGUGUCGUGUCACAUUAUGCUUUUGGUAUAGCGAAAGAAUGCAGGUAUUUCAGUAAUGGGGAAAUACGCAAAGAAUUUUCGUGCAGAAUAAUGAAUAAAUGGUAAAAUGGCUUCUUUGGAA